AUGAGUAGUUAAUUUGAAGCUGAUGAUUAAAUGUUAUAUGCAGAUGAUUCUUAAUUUAUUGAAUAAAUAACUUAGAAACUAUCAAAGAUUAGAAAUAAUCUAGGAAUAGACAUUUAUGACUAAGAAAAUCUGAAAACUCCAUAAUCUGAGUAAUCUGAUAGAAAUAAUGAGCAUAAUACUUUUGGAAGAGAAAAGAAAACAACAGAAUCUAAAAAUAAUUUAUAAGAUGUUUAGGAACUUAAUUUUAUUACAAGCUCAAAGCAUAAGAAUAAUAAUAAUAAUAACAAUAAUAAUGAUUAUUAAUAUUCAGGUUAAAGUGGCAAAGAAGAAUAACCAUAUUAGAUAUCAUAAUCAGGAACUAAGGAUGAUAUAUUACCAUAAUAAAUUAGUUUUUUGUAAAAUAAAUUAGAAGCUCUAAAAUAAAUUUGUAAUAUUUUGGUUUUUAUUUUAGAUCCGACAUAAGGUUAAGAUUAAGCUAGUUUUCUUGAGAGAGAGAAUGUCUAUUUAAAAAUAGAAUUGGAAUUAAAAUCAAAAUAGGAGAGAUUCUUAAGAUAAUAAUUAACAACAUUAACAGAAGAAUAUAAUUUGAAAUAAUAAUAAUUACAAUAAAGUGUUUAAGAUUUAAAAUAACAACAUGAAGAAUUUGUAUAGGCUACAGAUUUAACUUAAGAUAUUAAAUAAUAUAUUCUAUCAUUAGAAUCAGAUUUGCAUUUGACUAAAGGGGAAUUAGAUUUAUUUACAUAAAGAUUAGCUAAAGAAUAAUCAGAAAAAGAAAUACUCUAGAAUUAAAAUAAUAAUAUUCAUAAUAAAGCUAAAGAAGAAUUCUAAAAACUUUAUGAAAAAGCAUUUAAAGAGUUAUAAUUUAUGUGUUAAGCUUUGAGUUCAGAAUUACUUACUGAAUAAAUUGAUAAAAAAGUAAAUAGAAUUUCUUAAUAAACUAAUUUAUCUAAAAUGUAUCAAGAUCUCAUUGAUGAAAAAAUGAUUUUGGUAUCUGUUUACAUUAUUUUAGGAAACUAAAAUUGACAACCUUGAAAAUCAAUUAGAAUCAUAUUAAAAUAAACAAUUUAGUAUUAGUUAUGCUCCAUCAAUCAAAUCUAUAUAUGAGAAAAGAUUACAUGUUAUGAAACAAGGUUUAUUGCAUUGGAAAACUAGAACAUAAUAAAUUGAAUAAAUUGUACUUUAAUGGAUUCAAAAAUUGAAAUAAGAAAAUUAAUAGUUAAAAACAUCACUUAUAAAGAAAUAAAAUAAAAUGUUUGUUGUAUUUGAAAAUUUAUUAAGAGAAAUCUAUUAAUAAUUUGAAUAAGAUAAAUUUAUUUAAAUGGAAGAGAUUAAAAAAUUAUAAGAAUAAAAAGUAGAUGAUCAAAUAAAAAUUACAAAACUUAGAUCAACAAUUCAAUAAUAAUAAAAUAAAACUAAAAAAAGAUGA